GCCUUUGUGAUUCUGUAUGGCAUCAUAUCGGUCAAGAUCAGACAGUCAUGGUAUCUAGGCAUCGCUCGUGAGUCUCUAUCCGCACUAGAAGAACAGUGCAUUAACAUUACAUCGAUUGCAGUUCCAGCUGUGGUAAUCGGAAUCAUACUCGGGCCUGUGGCUGCCAAGUUCAUCGAAGCCGAUAAAUGGGGUGCUGGUCAUGAGGGCCAAACGCGGAGCAUCACACUGGCAAGUCUUCCACUUGUCAUGAUCGGUCUCCAACUUGUCAUGGCAGGUUAUCAACUCCCGGCUCGAUACUGCCUCACCCGCUGGCGGGAGAUGGCACUCUGCUUGCUACCUAUCAUGACCAUCAUGUGGAUCUGCACGACACUCUGCGUGAUAGCGACUGUGCCUAAGCUCACGGUUCUUUCGGCUUUGGUCAUUGCAUCCUGCGUUACUUGUACCGAUCCGGUUCUCUCGCAGGCCAUAGCCAAGGGUCCUUUCGCGGACAAGUUUGUGGCGCGUCCCCUGAGAGAGAUCAUCUCGGCCGAGGCUGGAGCGAACGAUGGGUUCGGGUUUCCGUUCUUGAUGCUCGCAGUGUACAUAAUGCGCUGCACAGGAGGGGGAGGAGUGGAAGAGCGGGCUAACGACACGGAGGUGUUGCUCUCCCGGACCAAGGAAUCAGAAAUGGGAGUCGGAGUGGCCCUCAAAGAGUGGUUUCUCGAAACUUGGCUAUACAUGAUGAUUCUAUCUGUGGUAUAUGGAGCCGUGGUUGGAUAUCUCUCUCGGAAGAGUAUUGGCUUCUGUUUGAAACGGCAACACAGUAAAUGGAUCGAUAACGAAUCUUUUCUCCUUCUACCUACCGCUAUAGGGCUGUUCAUUGUCGGAACAUGCGGGGCCAUCGGCACGGAUGACUCGUUGGCCUGUUUCGUGGCAGGGUGCGCUCUUAACUGGGACGGACACUAUCUCACCGAAUCUCAACGCCGUUGCGACGAAGUCAACACAAGCAUACAGAUGCUUCUCAACUUUGGAGGCUUCUUUUAUAUCGGCACGGUAUUACCCUGGUCUGCCUUCCAAGACCCUGGGGGCACAGGGCUCACCUAUGGCCGGCUCUUUGGCCUUGGCUUUAUGGUGCUCUUUCUGCGUCGGAUCCCGGCCAUGCUCGUGGCGUAUAAGCUGAUGCCAAAAGUUUGCAAGAACUACAAGGAAGCGCUAUUCAUGGGUUAUUUUGGACCGAUCGGAGCUGGCGCCGUCUUUUACAUCGAAUACGCUCGAGAAGUCCUGCCUGAAUUCGGCGAGGGGAACACAGAAGAGACAGACCUGGUACUGGCGAUUGGUCCUGUCGUCUACUGGCUCGUCUUAUUCUCUAUCAUCAUUCAUGGGCUAUCUAUCCCAGCUCUUGAUGCCAUCUACACUUUUUGCGGAGUUAAACCCAUUCACGAUGACGCAGUCGAGAUUAGGAGAUGUUCUCGUCUGUCCGCGACGCCGGUGAAUGGGACACCACUCGGACGAGACUCUUUUCUUUUGUUCAAUCGGUUUAGUAGACCGGUCAUGGAAGAGGAGGGGUUGCCGGUGAUUGAGGCUGCUUCUACCAGGGGGUCUUGGACUGAGGGCGCUACGGAUAGUGAUGAGGAGCGGAAGAGUUCAGACUCAAGGAAUAAUGUUGGGGCGGAGCGCCGAGUUAUUUGA